AUGGAAGUCGGAACAGUCACCAAACUGGCUUCUCUGUUGCCAGAGGAGCAAAGAAAGAGUAUCGCUAUUGGUCUAGCUCAAGACCUGACUGAGGGCCAGACUCUAAGUUCAAUCGAAGUACUUUCAGAACUGGUGAACGUGGUUUCUUUGGAAACAAAAAAGGAGAUUUCUCCUCUGGUUUAUGAAUUAUUUGCUGAUAUUGUUGGAAAUAAUAUUCAGUCUGAGUUGAGCCCAGCAGUGUACAAACUGUGUGGACAAUUCGAGGAUGUUUCAGUCGAUGUUCUCUCUCUGAUCAGUGCUAAGCUUAGAGCAUAUGCUUUGAAAAAUAGGAUGAACUUUGAGGAACGCAUGAGACUUUUGAACAGUUCUGAUUUUAUGAAUGUGGCUACCAUCGAUUCCUCGGAGGUUCUGGACCUAUUUGGGUUUUUGAAUGUGCUAUUCAAAGAAAACGAUAACCUGGCAAGGUUGAGAUUGGAUGAGAUCAAUGCAUUAUGUUAUGCAUAUGUUACAUGCGAUGAAGAGAAAAUAUCCACUGCAGCUGCUAAUAUCAUGAGAUGGAGACUCUCUUCAUUCAAUGAGGAUGGUGCCUUCUUAAAAAUGUGGGAGUGUAUUUCAACUUUAAUGACUGCUCAUGACUCGUUCAAGAGAACCAAUGGUUUGAUAUUAUGGCUAUGUUAUCUGAAAGAGUUUGCUAAGUCGGACGCGAAGCUUCAAAGUAUCUAUAGUACAGGAGAAUAUUGGCAGUUUUUGAAACAGAGUUUACUGGACGACUCACACGAUCACAAGAAGAUGUCAUUGUCUAUUAUUCAGUUGACUGUGACCUCCAUCUCUAAAGAUAUCGACACUGACAUCAUGACAUGGAAAAUGGAUCGUGCUUCAGUGUACAUAGAGUCAUGGAAGAGGUUCUGUACUUUGUACGAAAUAGUGGGUAUAGACUCUUCUUUGCAUCAAGCCGAAGAUGCGGCGCCAGAUUUGGUGGGGUCGUUAUCUCUGGACUCUCAUAUUCCCACAGCAUUCGCACUCACUUUGCUAUCAAUUGGUUUUAAGUCUUCCCAGGAAAGUAUAAGAAGGGUUGCCAUGAAUUUGGUUUUCUCCAUUCCCCAGAACAAUCUGAUGCUAUUGACCAGCGAUGUCUCAUUCCUGAGAGACACUUUCUUACCUUUCGUACUGCACGCCUUCCAUUACUCCGUCAAAAAAGACGCUACGGGACUUUUCUGUCCGUUUUUGACCAAACUCGUGGACUUUAUUUGCAACUGCUUGUCAAACCAGCAAGAUCAAGAGGGAGUUUCGGUUGUUUGCGAGGCCAUCCUGCAGGUUCUCGUCAAGAACAGAUUGGCUUUUGAUGUCGCCAGAAUCGCUUUAGCACUCGGUCUGCUUAAAGGACUGAAUGCAUCUAAGUUUAAUAUCUUGGAUGACGACCAUGUCGGCAUGAUAGUUCAAAUGUUCGAAAGCGAGUCUGAAAAUGAGAUUUACGAAAAAACCCUUCAGACGGUAUUUCUUAGGAUCCUCCUUUUUGCGAACUCUGCAGCUAAUGAGAAGUACGAGAGCUUGGGCAGGUUUCUGCAGAUGAACCAACAAUUGGGUAUUACGAUCCUGAAAGAAAAUAUUCACCUUGUCAAGGCGAGUCCCAACAUCAAUAAAAUCGACCAUGGUUCACUCAGGACGUUAAGUACUUAUGCAUUGGUUGCAUAUGUCAUUGUCGAGGAAAGGGCCUCUGGUGCGGCUGAACUCAGCAACGUCUCCAAGAACGACCUGAUAACCGUUUGUUCUAUGAUUGACAGCACCCCGGUCAGAUCUCCUAAUUGCGCCGUUUUGAAUGGACUAGAUAUUUUCUUCGAUUGUAUUCAGAAUGAAGAAGUCAGGCAUCUUUAUGGCUCUCACAUUCCAACUACACAUGGCUCAUUGUCAGACACCUAUGAUCAGAUAUCCGAUGUGCUGAUCAACUCGGAGGACGAAGAUGAUUUAAUAUUGGCAACAUACAGACUUGAGCUGCUUUCAAAGAAUCAAAAGUUUCAGCAAAAAUCUCUUGAAACAUAUUUGUUGCUUGCAGAAAAGUCAUACGCAAGCCUGAAGACGUCACACUCCACCUCCAAGACUUUCUACAAGGUGAAAGACAUAUUCUACUCUUCCAUCUUCCGUUUCUGUUUGAAUGUGAAUAUAGAAGAAAGACAAUUGAAAACAGCAAUCUCCAUUGCAGAAGUCGAUUUUACUCUUUAUGACUCAGAAGGCCGUUUAUUACUGGUGAAUUUCAUCCAGCUUCUGUUGGAGCUGCCUUUCACAGGAAGUCAUGUUAAACCUUUGGUAAUUGUUCUGGAAAACCUCUGGGAUGAGCUGGUUGAGGACAGACUAAUACUGAAACAAAACAAAAUUCAUUGUUCUUUGAUUCGAGCUCUUUUCCAUAAAUCAGUCCUCUCUGCUGCUUUGGAUGAUUUAAGUAUUGGUGAGGUACUGACCCGAGUUGGGUCGGAGAUUUUGACUCAGUCGCACUCCAGAAGAUCGUUGUUACCUACCUUGUUUUCAGCAAUUGAUGCUUAUGAUGAUCUUGCAGCAUUGCAAAACAUGGAAUUUCUCAUACCCGUGAUAGUCCGUGGUAUUUCGACCAAACAGGUCACCACCAAUUUGUUCACGUUGGAACCAAUCAUUGCUCAGAUCUACGAUCAAGAAGUUGACUCUACUACUGCCGCCGAAGGAUUAUAUGCAAAAGUCUACGGCGUCGAAGAAGUCUCUUUUCGUGUGGCUAUGGCUUCUAUUUUGGCCAAACUGCAAAAACCGGAUUUUAUUGUGACAUUUUUUGACUUCGUUGAAAACCAUGAGUCCGAGCUCAACCUAUUUCAUCCGAAAAAUCGCAGCGAUGGACUCGAGGAAUGGAAAAGAAUACAGCUUCUUUCCAUGAUGAUAAUUUUAAUGACAUCUCUUCCACCAAAUGAGGUUCAAAAUCUUACCCAGAAGUUCGGUUUGGCAAUGCUGUUUAAGGAACAGAGUCCAUUAUGCCGCGUAUAUCUGGAAUGGAUGAUUGCAUUGUGUUUGCUGAAAAAUCCCUCUUCCAGAAUCUCUAUUUUGGAACAAUUCAGCAUUGACAUUUCUCAGCAAAGUUCCAUUCAAAUCACCACUUUUGAGAGAAUUUGCGUUUUGCUAGGACAGAAGUUGGAAGGAGAAGAGGCUGCUAGUUUCAUGCGAGACUUCGUGGUGAAGUAUCUGGUUCCAUCUGCCACCUCGAACAAAGCAUGGCACAGGCAUUUUGCGGUCUCUCUGGUGUGUUCUGUUUAUCCAGAGAUCAUCAAGCGCAAACUUCCUUUGAGCUCGGAUGUUCUCGUGACGUUAGAGAACGUCUAUCGUAUUGCUGCUGCUUCAGAAGGCUUUGGAACUCAUAGAAAUGGCGACGCGCAUCUUUGGGAUAUCGUCAAAGAUCUGACUCUCGUUGGUGUUUUUGGUGGGAUUUUGCUCAAAGUUUCUGACAGGACGGAUAUCGAUUCCAUUCCGGCAGUUUCAUUUGCCAAGUACCUGAAGCAUGAAGAUGUGCGCAUUCCUAUCGGAGCUGACUUUGAGUCAUUCAAGGCUGGAGCUGCAAUUGAUGCCCAUUCUGAUUAUUUGAAAGACUUGAAAAAAUCCAGUUCCCCGCUCCAGAAGAAAAGCGGUACCUGGUCCACUCCGGUAGACGUUGAUCAGGUUAUUGGCAAUGGAAAUGCAACCUCAUCCAUCCAACGAUCUGACCUAAUCGUGGUAUCCUCGCUCGUGGACAAACCUCCAAAUCUGGGAGGUAUUUGUCGAUUAUGUGAUGUUUUGGGUGCGGGAUUGUUGACUUUGGGAGAUAUUAGAGUCAAGGAUCACAGAGACUUCAAGAAUGUGGCCGUGACUGCAGACCGUUGGAUGCCCAUGGUGGAAGUCAAGCCUGAAAGCAUUGCAGACUACAUGAUAUCCAAGAAAAAAGAAGGAUAUACACUUGUUGGCCUAGAACAAACCGAUAAAUCGGUAGUCCUCGACGAGAAGUUGAAAUUCCCAAAAAAGUCGUUGAUUUUGUUGGGAAGGGAAAGAGAAGGUAUACCUGGUGAUCUCCUGGCGAUACUCGAUAUGUGCAUCGAGAUUAAACAAGUUGGUGUCAUUAGAUCUAUGAAUAUACAAACUGCAACUGCAGUGAUAGUGCAUGCUUAUUCAGCGCAGCACUGUUGA